AUGCCGCCCACCAAGUCUCCAACCCCACGAAGAUCAAACUCCCCCUCGCGCACCCGCUCACGAUCCCCGUCAAGACCCCACGAACAUAGCAAACGCCGCCGCCGUGAUGACCACGAUCGUGAUCGCGAACGUCGCCAUAGGCAUAGACAUGGACAUGGACAUCACUCUCAUCGCCGCGGCCACGACCGCGACCGCCGUGCCGAGCCCGAAACCCGAGUCGCAAUAACCCUCCCAUUCGGAGCGCGAGAGCUCUCAAAGCGCGACCUGGAACUCUUCGAGCCCAUGUUCGCUAUGUACCUUGAUAUCCAGAAGGGGAUUUUCCUCGAAGAUCUGGGCGCGGAUGAAGUGAAAGGACGAUGGAAGAGUUUUGUGGGGAAAUGGAACCGUGGAGAAUUGGCUGAGGGGUGGUAUGACGCUGCUACACUAGAGAAGGCACGGAGUGCUGCUGCGUCUGCGCCUGGACCUGCGGAUUCGUAUCAGGAUGCGAAAGUAGAAAAACAUCAGGCCAUUGUACCUAGCGCUGGUGCCGAUGAAGAGGAAGGGCCCAAUGAUGAUGAUGAUGACGACGACGAUGACGAAUACGGUCCCAUGCCUCAGUCUGAAUUAUCGAGUCGAGGUGGUGGGCGAGCUCCAGGGCCCGCGAUACCGACCAUGCAAGAUCUAGAAUUGCGGAAGGAGACUGCUGCAGAAGAUGCCAUGGCAGACCGAUACGAUGAGCGCCAACACCAUCGAGCAGAAGUCCGGACACACAAAUCCGAGCUUCGCCACAUGGAAGACGAGGUUGCGCCCCGUGCCGAACCAGGGACGCAUGAACGCCGCAUGGAAAAGCGACGCGAGGCGGCUGCGUCUCAUCGAGCCUUUGCUGAAUCCCGGAGAGGCGGCUCACCUACCGAUGCCGCACCUGAGUCCGAGCUCAUGGGCUCUGGCGAGAACGAUCUAGAUGCUAUCAAAGCGGAUAAGGAGAGGGAGAAGAGGAAGAAGAAUGAGCGGGAGAUCCGGAGGGAGGAGAUACUGCGUGCGAGAACGGCAGAACGGGAGGAGAGGGUAAAGCAAUACCGGGAGAAGGAGGAAGAGACAAUUGGCUGGUUGAAGACGUUAGCGAAGCAGAGGUUUGGUUGA